AUGGACAUUGAAAAGAGGGAGGUAUUUACCUAUGUAAUGUUUGUUCCCAGCACUACAGGACGUUUUGGUGAAGACCAGAUAUAUCGCUUUGGUUUCUUUUACAGGAACCAAAAAGUUAUUCGUUUUGUAAUGAUUAAUAUAAUAUGCAGAGUACUUAACAAAAGCGGGAGCACCUGUGCAAAUUAUGCGUCCUGUGGUCAAAAAGGUCAUGGUCGUAGAUCCCACCUAGAUGUUCCUCUAAAUCCAGUGCCAUCUUCAUUGAAUAACCAUGACAAUGCACUAAAUAACCCAGCCUCAAUUACUGGGGUACAGCAAAAAGAAAAUUUUUUGCAAGCAUUUCAAAAUAAUAAUCGUGCCCACCAGACUAUAAAUCAAGCAAAACAAACUCAAACACUGCCCAGUAGACAUGGUUUGGGAAGAAUGAUGACGAUGUGUUCUGAAUGUAAGGUAUUCAUGUGGGUCGAAGAAAGAUCCGAAGCUGGUCUUGACCCAGGCAGGUUUCAACUCUGUUGUGGAUUGGGAAAAGACAAAGUGACACCAUUUCACCCUACACCAGGAAUAAUAUCCAACUUUGAAUUGAAUACUUGUCCACUGCAACUCACUGUCAAACGAGAUCAAACUUUAGUUUCUCAACAUGAAUUUAAUUGGGCUAUGGACUACGUUGCUCUGAUUUGUCUGUGUGAUGAGGAUAUUGUUGACCAUUUUGGAAGGGUAGAGAACUAUGACUACAAUGUUGUAUUUUCUUUAGACAUACAUUUACAAGAUAUUAAAAUAAAAACGAAGCUACAUAUACCUACAAUACAAUCCGAAGAUACAUUAAGGAUAUUGACACAGACCAUAAUCUUUUUGAAAAAAAGCAUAGGCUCGAAUGAUUUAUUUCGAAUAAAUUUAUCUGCACUUUUAUUUGAUGAAUCGAGCUCCAAAAAGUUUAUUAAUACGACUCACCUAAAGAUUGGAUCAAUCAAGAAGAUGUUGCGCCUGGAAAAACUUGCGAAUGACAAGGGGUUCAAAAUAUACCAGUGUAAGAGAAUGUGGUGUGCCAAAAGCUUGUUAAGGGAGAGCUUUAAAAGUGACAACCAGACACACAGAAGAAGGGUAACAGUAAAAAAUUCUUAUGCGGUUUAUUUCAUCAAUAUCGUUAACAAGAAUCAACAAGAUCCCGAUAGUUCAGACUCUAUCAAUGACGCUUUCGAAGAUAUGGGUCGCUAUGAGUCCCCCAUCAUAGCAGACGUGCUCCUUCAAAUAACGAUGGUAAGGGUAUGUAGCCCCUUCAAAAUAACGGAAGGUGUGAACAAGUAUGUUCGAAUUGGACGGUUCUAUCUUUACAGACUAUUUAUUCUGUGUACCUUUCACUCAAACGAGGACAUUUUAGGAACACCACCGAGUGUUAAGAGUGUCAAAGAUAAGCUAAAGUAA